AUGAAGCUCCUCAUGCCAGCUACCCUCAUCCUGUUCCUCUCUGCAUCCCAGGCACAGGAACAGGAGCACACCUCCGUCCUCACUGUGCACAAUGGAGGCCACUGGGGCAAAUGGGGGAGUCAGCAAUUUUGCCACUACGGCUAUGCCAAUGGAGCUGAAGGUAAAAUUCUCCCUAUUUCCCAGAAUUUCUUGUCCCUGUGCCUUGGUCCACAGCUCUCCACCUCCCAGGAUGGUCUUCCUAGAAAAUGGAGCAAAAUCUGCAAUAUAUGUGGUUUGCAGACCAAGGUAGAGCCCUAACAAGGGCAGAAUGACACAGUACUCAAGAAUGUGAAGUUUUUCUGCUGUAAAUGA